AUGGUGGUGGUCUUGUUCAAGCAUGGUAGCGCGUUCGAGUUUCAUACCGUGAUCUGUAAAAUAACUGCACCUGAGGGUGUAGCUGACUUAGUUUCUUUACGAACACGUCCGCCCAACGUGCAGCUGGUCGUCCAAGGAGAUGUUUGCAUUCUGUUGGAGUCCACUCUUCUGUUCUUUCCGUCCAUAUGUCGUCUGUUCUUGUCAUUAUGUAACCGGCCCAUGUUUGUUCCGCUGUCCAUGUAUAUUCUCCUUGAUCUCAAAGAUAUGACAGAUUUCGAAGAUCAGAGCUUCGCAUUCCGCCUGCGUAUUGAGAGGGCCGGUUAUAUUUCAGAAGACAUCGCUCGAGCGCUCUUUGAGCAGUCCGAAGCAUUCUUGACGUAG